CUUUAUUCCACAACUUCAUCACAACAACACCAAGAUACCUUGCAAAACAUUCGUCGGGGGCACGUCCUCAAGGGUUAGAUCACGCAGCAAAUCUUGAUUAACAUUCAACAAGCAACAAAACUUCCUGAUCAAAAUAUUGCACUCCUGUCCUCGUCAGUACUCAAGAACAUUCACACCCAUGGCGACACAGACCGCAGGCGUCCUGCCCACGCAGGGCACUGAGACACCGCAACAACCACUCCCUCAGUCCCAGAACACCCCGUCCUCGGUGUCAAUAUCCUCAGAAAAGCAAAAUGACACGAACGAACCUCCCGAGUUCAAUGUCUCAACGCGCUUUCUCAUGGCAUUUGCUGCGCUGUCAGUCCUGACACUAAUGGUAGCACUGGACGGCACAUCAAUCAGUGUCGCAUUGCCAAUCAUCGCAAAGAAGCUUCACGGCUCAGCCAUCGAAGCCUUUUGGGCGGGCACAUCCUUCCUGCUAGCCUCAACGGUCUUCCAGCCCAACUUUGCGUCAUUCAGCCACAUCUUCGGCCGGAUGCCAGUCAUCAUGGUUUCGAUCACGCUGUUCUUUGUUGGAGUUAUGAUGGCAGCCCUGUCCAACAACUUCGGCCUCCUUCUCGCCGGUCGCUCGGUCCAGGGUAUCGGCGGUGGUGGUAUCAUUGCUAUGACGGAGAUCGUGGUCACCGACCUUGUCCCUCUACGCUGGCGAGGCCAAUGGGCCGGCGUGAUAGCAGGCAUGUGGUCCAUCGGCAGUGUCUCUGGCCCCAUCAUUGGCGGCGCUUUCGCGGAUGUCCAGUGGCGCUGGAUCUUCUGGCUCAACUUGCCCUUCAUCGGUAUCGGCGGUGUCAUGGUGCCUUUGUUUCUGCGCCUGAACGUCAUCCCGCAGAGCAUUGCCGCCAAGUUGCGUCGCGUCGACUGGAUCGGUUCUGUCCUGUUUGUCGGCAGCAUGACCAGUUUUCUCAUCCCUUUGACCUGGGGCGGCGUCAUGUACUCAUGGUCGUCGUGGCGAACGCUCGUGCCUCUACUGGUCGGCGCUCUGGGUCUCGUAGGCUUCUGCUUCUUCGAGGCCUAUGUCGCAGCUGAACCACUGCUGAGACUAUCUGUGUUCUCCAACCGCAGCGCCAACAUUGCAUACGCCACCACAACUCUGCACGGCAUGAUCCUUUGGUGCAUCUUAUACUACCAGCCGCUGUACUUCGAGGCGGUCAAGGGAUACUCGCCUGUCGUUUCGGGCGUGGCCUUGUUCCCUGCUACAUUCACCGUCGCGCCCAUGGCCGUCGUGACGGGCCUGAUGAUCACGAAGACUGCGGCAUAUCGCUGGUCUGUCUGGCUUGGCUGGUGCGUGUCGGUGCUCGGGUUGGGGCUGCUUAUCCUUCUUGACGUAGACACGUCAGUCCCGCAGUGGAUAUUCAUCGACCUCGUGUCUGGCCUUGGGUUGGGCAUACUGUUCCCCUCGCUACAAUUCGCGCUCCAGGCCGCCAGCACCGCCAAGGACAUGGCGUUUGCAGUCGCCAUGUUUGUGUUCUUCCGCAGCUUCGGUCAGGCUCUUGGGGUGGCGAUUGGCGGAGUCAUCUUCCAGAAUCAGAUGGUCAAGAAUUUGCAGGCGUAUCCGACCUACGCGUCCCAAGCAUCAGAAUUGGCCAAGGAUGCUGCUGCUCUGGUUGAGAUCAUCAAGAACACUGCGUCGGGUCAGGGAAAGUUGGAGCUCAAGACCGCAUACACGGACAGUCUGCGCACUGUGUACAUUGUGCUUACUGCAUUGGCGGCGGUUUGCCUCGUUGCAAGCCUGUUCAUCAAAUCUUAUGAUCUGAAUGUCGGACUGGAAACCGAGCAGGGGUUGAUCCAGGGCAGCAAAGUCAAGGAGGUCAAAGUUGAGGAGGGCGAUGGAGCGCAGUGAUUGAGUUGGAUGUAAUGAGGUUGGACGACUGCUUUCCUGCUAAAUUGGCGUUUCUGCCGGAUUAUUGACCUGGGAGAGAACGGACGGUUUGUUGCUGUUUCAGAAUGUAUUCAUGGACAGGACUGGGCGAUUUAACUCCGCUCGGAUGAAGAUAGACAUGACGCUCAUGAAUAGACUGUACAAUAAUUCAAGAACACGAAACAUACUCCUUCUCUUUCUACCAACGCAGUCAUAUCAAACCUUCGCCCUGCUUACCUUCCAGAAAGUUGCUUGCUUCAACUUACCGUUAAUGCAGAUGCCUAGCU